AUGGACCUGUUCCCCAACUUUUCCAUAGAGACCUGGGUCCUCCUGGCUACCACCUUUGUAGUCCUCUAUCUAUAUGGGACCCAUGGAUAUGGACUUUUUAAGAAGCUGGGGAUUCCUGGGCCAAAACCUCUCCCUCUUUUGGGAACUUCUUUGUCAUACAUCAAGGGUCUGUGGAAAUUUGAUACAGAGUGCUACAAAAAGUAUGGAAAAAUGUGGGGGUUGUAUGAUGGUAAGAGUCCUGUGUUGGCUAUCAUGGAUGCAGAAAUGAUUAAAACAGUGCUUGUGAAAGAAUUUUAUUCUACCUUCACAAACAGACGGGACAUUGGUCCAUUUGGAUUUAUGGGAAAAGCUGUCUCUAUAGCUAAGGAUGAGGAGUGGAAGAGGAUACGAGCAUUGCUGUCUCCAGCAUUCACCAGUGGAAAACUGAAGGACAUGUUCCCCAUCAUUACACAGUAUGGAGAUGUGUUGGUGAAAAACCUGAAGCAGGAGGCAGAGAAAGACAAACCUGUCACCAUGAAAGACAUCUUCGGAGCCUACAGCAUGGAUGUGAUCACUGGAACUUCAUUCGGAGUGAAUGUAGACUCCCUCAACAACCCCCAGGACCCCUUUGUGGAAAAAACCAAGAAUUUCCUAAAAGUUGAUUUAUUCAAGCCAUUGAUAUUCUCUGUAGCACUUUUCCCUUUCCUUCUCCCAUUAUAUGAGCUGUUCAAUAUCACCAUAUUUCCAAGUGAUUCUAUAAAGUUUUUCAAAAAAUUUGUAAAAAAGACAAAAGAAAAUCGCCUGGAUUCAAACCAGAAGCAACGAGUGGAUUUUCUUCAGUUGAUGCUGAACUCCCAGAACUCCAAAGACACAGGGUCCCUUAAAGCUCUAUCUGAUCAGGAAAUUGUGGCUCAAUCAGCUAUCUUCAUUGUUGCUGGCUACGACGCGACUAGCAGUACCCUCUCUGUUCUCAUGCAUGUCUUGGCCACUCACUCUGAUGUACAGAAGAAACUGCAGAAGGAGAUUGACACAACUUUUCCCAAUAAAGCACCUGUCACCUACGAUGCCAUGAUGGAGAUGGAGUAUCUGGACAUGGUGGUGAAUGAGACUCUCAGAUUGUAUCCAGUUUCUUCAAGGGUUGAGAGACUGUGUAAAAAAGAUGUUGAAAUCAGAGGUUUAUAUAUUCCUAAAGGGGUAGUGAUGAUGGUACCAGUCUUUGUUCUUCAUCGGGACCCAGAGCACUGGCCAGAGCCUGAGGAGUUCCGUCCCGAAAGGUUCAGCAAGGAGAACAAGGAGAGAAUUGAUCCUUACACAUAUAUGCCCUUUGGAGCUGGACCCCGAAACUGUAUUGGAAUGAGAUUUGCUCUCAUGAACGUGAAACUUGCUCUCGUCAGAGUUCUGCAGAACUUCUCCUUCCAACCUUGUAAAGAAACCCAGAUUCCCCUGAGAUUGAGCCGCAAUCAGAUUCUUCUCCCAGAAAAGCCCAUUGUUCUGAAGGUGAUGUCAAGAGAUGGGACCAUAAGUAGAGCAUAA